AUGGAGGUAAGUAAUGAAGAUAAUCUUAACAUCGAUGGUGAUGAUGAUUAUUAUUAUUAUUAUGGUAGGAAUGAAACUGAGGCUCCAAAAUCGUUUGUUUGUGUUUUUUUUUUCCCCUUCCCAUUUUGUUUCUUCAUUCAUUGGGGUACGGUCCACCCUUCUUCAAGAGAAUGGUGUGAAGAGAAUAGUUUUGACGAUGCUUCUGAGUACGAAGAGAAGAACGGGUUUGCGUUUGUGUGUUUGUUUUCGUGUAGGAUGAAGGGAAGGAGGAGGGAAAAACGCCGAAGUUUUGUAGUAUCUGUCAAAGAGUGGAGGUGA